AAAGGGAAAAUUCAAUAUCAUAAUCAGAUGCUAUGUAUUGAGGUUAAGCACAGAUUUAUUCAAUAGCUAAAGGAUAUUGACGUGAAAAAUGGUAGUGUUGUAGAUGUGAUCUAUUUAUAAAUCGUACAUUGCACAUGGUUGUUUAUUUCUGUCAAAACAAUCAUGUUGAAUUUUAAGCUUAUAGCAUGGGUUGCUAUCUGAUCGAAGCUAAUCGGCAGUAUGGAACUCAGUUUGACACAGUGGAAGCAUAUUGACGUUGAUUACUAUUGUACAUUUCAGCGAAAUAUUUUAUUGGAUUUUCAGACAUGAACAUGGCCAGUUAGAAGUUUAUUAGCUAAUGAUUUUCACAUGUUUCUAUACAAAAAUUUGUGUAAAAAGUGAGUUACAUUAUAAAGCGAUAGAAAUUAAACAGCUAAAAUAUUUGAAGAAUGGCAGAUCUUAUUGUAUGGAGUGUAUUGAUUACUAUAACUGUGGAUAAUUAAGAAACUAGGCAAUUAAAUGUUAAUUUUACAAAUUGGACAAGACAAAUAAUGCCGAUAAAGGAAUAACUAUGUAGCCACUGCCUAGCAAUGCUUAAAAGUGGUUGCUUUAUAUAAACAUGCUAAAGAACAUUGCUCAAUUUAUUACCAUGUAAAUUGUAUGCACAGUUAACAUUUUAUGACAUUUCGGUAUACAAUCACCGGGGACAGCAUUCAAAAACAUUGAAACCAUUUUAUAUUCCUCAUGAUUCUGAGUACAAAUUAACAGAUGAAAAGUAGAAUUUGCUUCAUAUGAUUUUAUAGGAUUUAACAUGGGAUGCACAAGCUCAUCAAUUGCAAGUGAGAAGAAGCAAUCACCUUCCCAUAGCAGUAAUAGUUCGGUAGAUUUCAAAAUGGCGGGACAAAAUCUCCUCCCAGCAUUCCCUGCAGCAAACAGUCCACAAAGACUACAGUCCACAGGCAGGGCAAAGGUUGCACUAAAACCUGGGAGGUCUCUAAUGGACUGGAUACGACUUGGACGUAGUAAUCAGGACUUGAACGGAUUCAAAGGCAGUACUAUGGAUAUAUCAGUGGAAGAAUUAACAAAACAUAACAAGCAAGAAGAUGCAUGGAUUGCUAUCAGAGGUAAAGUUUACAAUGUAACUCCAUACAUGGAGUACCACCCUGGAGGAAUUGAGGAACUGAUGAGAGGUGCUGGGCUGGAUGGUACACAGUUGUUUGAUGAGGUCCACAAAUGGGUAAAUUUUGAGUCCAUGUUGGAGAAAUGUUAUAUCGGUAAAUUAAAAGUCACUACUCCUAUACACAAAAGAGAAAGCACACCUGCUCAACCAGCUCAGAUAAAAAAUUUACAACAAAAUGGGCCUUCAUUAGCAGCACUAAAACCUCCAUCAGGACCUGUACCUCCCAGAUUUGACUGGUUUCAGAAUAAAAACUCUGUGUCACUAGUGAUAUAUACCAAGUGUAAACAUAUGAGAAGAGACUGUGUUAUAAUACGAAGAUUGGAAUUAACAUUAUUAUGUAUAUUGUAUAUAGAAGAUUAUAAUUAUUUUGUAAAUAUUGAAUUAGAAAAUAAAAUUAAAGAUAAUUAUGAUGUACGAAUACAAAAAGAGACUGGGAAAACCGAGAUUGUAUUCCCUAAAGAAACAGAAACCCAGUGGUCUUCUAUAGGCCGUUUUCUAGACCAACAUAAUACAUUCAGGAAUACCAAAGAUGUUGAAACAACAUAUCAUAGCUGUAAUAUAGAAUCUGUUUCGGAAGUGUCACAUAACUGUAAAUUAUUGUGUAUCCAUCUACCUCCAGAGUUAUCUAUGUGUGUACCUCUAGGUCAUCAUGUACAUGUACAACAUAAUAUAUCAGGAAUGACAAUAGCUCGUAGUUAUACAGCUGUGAUAAAGUCAUUACUACCAGACAAACAAGACGACAGACUGGGUUCUGUUAUAUACCUAAUGAUUAAAAUAUAUAAAGAUGGUGCAUUGACUCCUUGGAUUGGUAGUUUGGCUCCAGGAGAUACAAUAGAUAUAAGUUACCCAGAGGGUACUUUCAAGGAAGAGAGUCUAAGAGAUGUAACAGAUUUAGUAAUGUAUGCUGCUGGUACCGGCUUCACUCCUAUGAUCAGACUUAUAUACCAUUGCUUACAUGUUGAUCAGAAACCGUCAAGAAAUAUUAAACUUAUGUUUUUCAACAAAACAGAAAAAGACAUUUUAUGGAAAGACCAAUUAGAUUCCUUAAUGCAAGAUUUUAAAAAUUUUACUGUUGAGUAUGUUUUAUCAGAAGCAAAUGAUAAUUGGCAAGGUCAGAAAGGUCGUGUUACUAAGGAAAUAAUGGAAACCUUCACACCUGCAUCAACUAAAGACAGCUCAAACUUGCUCAUCUGUGCCUGUGGACCAACUGCAUUCACAGAAAUAGUCUCUCAAUAUUCAAAAGAAUUGGGAUAUAAAGAUGACAGCUUUCAUGCUUUUCUUGGUUGAAAGCCCAGCAGACGGACGAGACAACAUUUGUGUACAGUGUAGUGAUGAUAUUUAUGGCAUCCAUAAAUGCAGAAAUAACUGAAAACAUAAAAAAGUAUUAACAUUUAAAAACCUUAAAAUAAAAUACCGGUACUAUGUACAAGCUGUGAUUAACAAAACCACAAAACUUACAUUAUAAUUAUGUUAUUCCCUAUUUUCAGGGAAAAAUUACUGACAGCAGGGGAGAUAAAUUUGUACAAAAUUAUUUCUAACUGUGAUCUUUACGUUUUUAUUUAUUUGUUAUUUAUUCUGUUUU